CUUAUUUAUAGGCAAAUAUUGCCCAUAAAGUAUGUUACAUAAUUGUACUUAUAUACAAAUUAUUGUCCUAAAUAUAGCUCAUGUGAUGAGCUAUAAGCUAUUGUGCUCCAAACUCAUGUGAACUUCAUUUGACAUUUUCUUAACAACUACAAAGUAUUACUUACUUAAAUCUUGUGAUGUGGACUCUUCCACUAACUUUUUUUCUCUUACAUUUUCACUUGCCCUACUAAACUCCUUAAUAUACGUGUACAAAUCUAACAGAACGAUUAUUUGUAAAUAGAGGACAGUAUAUAUCAAAAUAAAAGAGCGAUAUCCAUGGAAAUUGAUAAAGCAACUUGAAAUUCCAUCAAAUAUUGAAUUUCCCAUCAAAAAAUCAUUAAUGUUGAAUGGUUGAUGGAAAUAUUGAUGCAUGGUUGAUGGAAAUAUUGAUGUAGCAAAUCCAACUAAUAACUACAAAGAACUCUUACACCACCAAUGGCACCAACUAAAUCAUCCAAUAUCCUCACCCUUAAAUUUAUUAGAUUUUUUCCCCUAAAAAACAAUAAAAAAAUUCUCGAAACACACUCCAAUGGCAAAAAAUAAAAUAAAAAAAUCAUCCAAUCUCCAAAACUAUUAGGGUAUAAAUAUGAUUGUUGAUGAAUUUGAUAAUUCCACAACUUUCCCAAUUUGCUUAUUACUCAUGCAACCAUAGCUCACCCCCCUUUAUCCAAUCUUUUUCCUUUUCCUACUUCCACUCUCUUUAUCUCCACCAUCAUUCACUCACAAAACUUUCCAAAAACUCCUUUUUUAAUUUUUUUUAAUUUAAUUUUCUAAUUAUAGUAAUUCCUCCUUUUCCAACAUGGCGUUGAAUUUGGCUAAGUCAUACUCCACCAACAACGACCAAUCUCCUCUUGACGAUGGUAAAGAGCGAAGAAUUGGGAUAAAUUGCUGCAGUUUUGUUGUGGGUGGAGGAGAGAGAAAACAGAGCAAGAAGAAGAAGAAAAGCAGAGAAGUGUCAGCAAUGGUGACAUCUCCAUUAUCGUCGAAAUUUAAUGGCAUUUCCGACGACCUUAAGAAAAUUCUCGACGCUAAUAUGGAUCAAGCUCCUGCUCGUCGCCGCGCUCGCGACGCUUUUAAGGAUGUUCAAUUCUCAAUCGAUCAUUGCUUAUUCAAGAUUCCAACUCAGGGUUUGAAGAUGGAAGAGAAGUAUGAAAAGAACUCAAGAGGUUUGGAAAUUUUCACCAAAACUUGGCUUCCAGAGUCGUCUCCUCCAAAAGCAUUAAUUUGUUAUUGUCAUGGCUAUGGAGACACUUGCUCGUUUUUCUUCGAAGGAAUUGCUAGAAAGCUGGCAUCAGCUGGAUAUGGGGUUUGUGCAAUGGAUUAUCCAGGUUUUGGCCUUUCAGAUGGUCUUCAUUGCUAUAUUGAAAGCUUUGAUAAGCUCGUUGAUGAUGUGGUCGAGUAUUAUUCCAAAGUUAAAGAAAGACUAGAGUUUCGUGCCCGUCCAAGCUUUUUGUUUGGACAAUCAAUGGGUGGGGCUGUGGCUCUAAAGGUGCACUUUAAGCAACCCAAUGCUUGGAAUGGCGCUGUUCUAUUGGCACCGAUGUGCAAAAUUGCAGAUGACAUGUACCCCCCAUUUAUCGUGGUCCAAAUUUUACUUACAAUAGCAAAGUUUCUUCCCAAAUCGAAAAUGGUUCCACAAAAAGAUUUAGCUGAUUUGGCAUUCCGUGAGAAGAAAGAAACGGCAGACUAUAAUGUCAUUGCUUACAAGGAUAAACCACGUCUGAAGACAGCUGUUGAGCUGCUUCACACAACAGAUGAGAUAGCUUGUCGACUGGAAGAAGUCUCAUUGCCGUUGUUGAUCCUACAUGGAGAGGCUGAUGUAGUAACAGAUCCAUCAGUUAGCAAGGCAUUGUAUGAGAAGGCAAGCAGCAAAGACAAAAAUCUUAUUCUUUACAAGGAUGCUUACCAUUCACUCCUUGAAGGGGAGCCAGAUGAAGUUAUUUUCCGCGUAUUUGAUGAUAUUAUCUCUUGGUUAGAUGACCACAGCAAGAACGACGCUAAUCAGAGCUAAUGAAGAAAAUAAAGGAAAACAAUUAUUUUUUAUAAGCAGUAUUUGUUCUGUACAAAGGGAAAAUCACAGGGUAUGGAAAGUUUUGGUGCUAGAAGUAUUGUAUUUUAUUGAAAUUUUCAGGUGAAUAUGCAAUAAAUUAACUUGAAGCAAUUGGAUAUUUUACUUAUUAGCUUA